GCACAAUGUCGGUGAUAAGCUUCGGCAUGAACGGAAGCUGGACUUCCCCUUACGUCCCUCAACUGCUGUCCGACACAUCAAAGAUACCCAUGAACAGCGACGAAGCCGCCUGGUGCGCCAUAGCCCAUCUUUGUGGUUGCCCGUUUGGGGCGCUGGCAGCUGCCUACCUCACAGACAGGAUAGGUCGGAAGUACACCUUGCUGAGUAUGGCGCCGAUGGUAUUCUUCUCCCAGAUCGGCAUAGGGUACGUUACCAACGUCUGGCACCUCUUCGUACUCAAGAUGAUCAUCGGAGUCGCUGAUGGAGGGUGUUUCACAGUAGUGCCUAUGUACAUCGGAGAGAUUUCCUCUCCCGACAUAAGGGGCUUCCUGUCGUCGCUGGUUUGCCUGUUUUACAUCCUUGGGGUACUACUGAUGAACGCUUUAGGCUUCUACUGCAGCAUUCUUACCUCUAGCAUCAUCAGCGCUUCAAUCCCUGCCGCGCACUUCUUAGGAUUCGUUUUCAUGCCAGAGUCUCCCUACUACUACAUCAAGGUGAAGAAGUAUUAUCAAGCGGAGAGGUCUCUUAUGAUUUUAAGAGGCGAAUCUAAUGUCGCCAAGGAAGUUGAGGUGCUAAAACAGGCAGUGAGAAUGCAGGAAGAAAUGGUGGAGCGCCCGAAGUUCACUGAUCUCUUCACCGUUCCCAGCAACAGAAAAGCGGCUUUUAUUUUCGUUAUCCUUUGUACAGCGAACAAGGCAAGCGCCAAGGCUCCUUUAAUGUCCUACACCAGAUAUAUUUUCGAGGAAACGGGGAGUAGCAUAAGCCCCGCCUUUUCAACCAUACUUUAUUGCCUCGUCGAACUCCUAGUUGUUAUGUUCACUACCUACUUCAUCAUCGACCGGUUUGGAAAGAGGUUCUUGGCCAUCAUCUCUUCAGUUGGCUGCAGUGUCACGCUCUUCAUCAUGGGCUUGUAUUUCUACCUGAAGGACUAUCACAGUGACGUCAUUCAGCAGCUGAACUGGCUACCAUUAACAAAUUUGAUCGUCAACAACGUCCUGUUCAGCAUAGGAAUAAGCUUCACGCACAUGUGUUAUUUGAGUGAACUAUUUCCAACGAACGUCAAGGCCAAUGCGCUCUGUUUCGCCGAAAUUUUGGCGGUUGCACAAUCGGCAGUAACGACCAAGGGGUUUCAGAUGUUGAACGAUAGGUGCGGGACCCUGUCGAUAUCCUUUUUUAGUGCCGCUGUCAUUGGUUGUAUCGUGCUAGUUUUUAUCGUCAAGUACGUUCCGGAAACUAAGGGGAAGACUUUGGAAGAAAUUCAGUUGUUUUUGAUGGAGAAGGAAGAUAUUAAACUGGGGAGUGGAGAAAGUUUAAGGCAGUUGGGAGAGUGAUACAUUUAUUAUUAGUUCAACGUUAAUUUAUUGAUGUGUGUAAAUAAAAAUGUUUAUUGUUUA